CAAACAGUGUAUAAGGUAAUGUACCCAAAACACAAUGCUUCAGUGCUUCCUGUUUACAUACACACCCAACCUCCAACUUGAGUUUCCACUAUUUGAUUAGAAUUAGCACUGUUUUAAAAGGGGUUUCUAGCUUUCUGCCAGGCGGUAACUCCAACAAGAGCUGAUAAGUGAGCUUAUUCAAUUCAUCAACACAGUGGUGGAGGUGGAGUCUUUUCUUAAUGUUUUCAUUGGAUCCGCUUCCUGCAGCAGCUCCAGUGAGAAUGCAGUGUGCUGCACUGAUCUCCAGCACUGAAUCUCUGCUUGUGAAUGUGAGAUCUGAAUGUGCUUUCAUUGGACUCAGAUCAUUACACUUUUGUCAAAGCCCCCUUUCUUGUGAUCCCCUUCUCUCUAAUUUUGAGAAUCUUUUCAGACCUGUUUAUUUUUGUCAGAAUCUCCGUUCUCAAUUGGGACAGCCUCCGGGACGUCUUGCUUUUGAGAUGUCUACAGAUUCAAGUGUAUUUUUCUUUAAACAUGCAGGCGUACUUUGUGAUUAUUUCUCAGUUCCAGUGGAGUGGGGUUUUGAAUUUGACCAGUUUUGCCGUUGCAGUAUGUGCUUUUGAUUCUGUCGGGUGUUGGAGAUUGUUUUCAAAGAGGUGGUGUGCUCGGGGCGUGUCCUCCUUUGUCUGGAAGUUUGAACAAAAAGCUUUGUAGGAAAUGCAAGAACUCCAAGUAAUACAGCAAAGGUUAGCUUGGGGCAGCUACAGCUAUGUAGACUGAAGAGGCUUUUAUUGCAGCCGGGUCAUUUCACAGUGAUGUGUCGUGUUUCUAACAGUGUACACUGUGCAGUUAGUAGAGGGGUCCUGUAGGGUGCUUUGUAGUGCACUCUGGUAUACGAUUUCUAAUAGUCCAGGGUACGCUGUUUGGGACAGAUGUGUGAGACACACGAAUACACAGCAGAAGAUCCAGUACUCUGUUCUGCGGAGCUUCUUCAUUUAAAAGCAAGGCAACCUGAAUGAAUUGCUCAGGUUUCAUGUGUCUUCAGUGCAUGUUGCUGAAGCAUUUUGGCAGACCGCUUUAUUCUGCACUCUUACUAAUGUUGUGUAUUGAUGUUAGGCAUGCAUCCGGCAUCUGCCGUAGAGACUUCUCAAGUAGAUUCUGUAAGACGUGGUGCUCUUUUGGCACUUUCCAAUGGUGUAUAUAUUUAUGAAACCUUAGGUGUGUUUUUUUUGUUUUGUUUUUUUUCAACAAAUCGGAUUUGCUCAGAAGAGUGACACAUUUUAACAGCUGUAGAAAUGAACAGAACACUUUGUAAAUUGUACAAUAAACAAUCUGAAACUGCAAACUGCAGGCUGAAACUGCAGCACAGUGUCACUGCUCACUGGACAGGCUGAAACUGCAGCACAGUGUCACUGCUCACUGGACAGGCUGAAGCUGCAGCACAGUGUCACUGCUCACUGGACAGGCUGAAGCUGCAGCACAGUGUCACUGCUCACUGGACAGGCUGAAGCUGCAGCACAGUGUCACUGCUCACUGGACAGGCUGAAACUGCAGCACAGUGUCACUGCUCACUGGACAGGCUGAAACUGCAGCACAGUGUCACUGCUCACUGGACAGACUGAAGCUGCAGCACAGUGUCACUGCUCACUGGACAGGCUGAAGCUGCAGCACAGUGUCACUGCUCACUGGACAGGCUGAAACUGCAGCACAGUGUCACUGCUCACUGGACAGGCUGGAACUGCAGCACAGUGUCACAGCUCACUGGACAGGCUGAAACUGCAGCACAGUGUCACUGCUCACUGGACAGGCUGAAACUGCAGCACAGUGUCACUGCUCACUGGACAGGCUGAAACUGCAGCACAGUGUCACUGCUCACUGGACAGGCUCGGGAUUAAAGUGCUGUAAUUGAGCAAUAUGUGUUGCAUUCAGCAGUGUGUUUAUUGGAGACGAUGUGUUGAGUGCUUGUUUUGUUUUGUUUUGUACUGUAUGUAUAAACAGAUCUUGUGUUCAAUAGUACAGCUUGCAGUUAAACAGUACAGGUCCACUGGGUUAUAAAGCUUAAUAUUCACUAGAAUCUGUUGUUGUUUAACCCAAAUCCAUGGCAGGCUGCUCAUGUGAUUGAGGAGCUUGUGAGAUGGGUCAAAGUGUACUGUGCAGGUUUUCAGAGGAGCCGCGAUCUGUCAGGAGAAACACACAAGAGAAUGAGCGUCACAUUCGCGAUAUUCUUCUGCCUUUUCAGUCUUUCUAAUGCUUUGUACAAGCAGUGGAUUCCUGACACUAACUUUGAAAAUGUAUCAAACUGGGACAAGGGCAGAGUGCCCUGCGCUAACGACCGGGUCUAUUUUCAACACGAUCAGAAAGCCGCUGUUUAUGUCCAGUCCACCCACUCCAUCGUAGAAAUGUAUCUGCCGAUGGAUGGAGAGCUCAUCUUGGCGUUCGGUGCUGGAUUUGCAGGCAGUGAGGGCGGGAGUGACCCCGGGUGCGAGGGAGGAGGAGACAGAAUCACCUUUCAGGACCCUGACAGGUACCAGUGGUACGACCCGACCCUGUGGAGAGCAGCCUCCACCCCUGAUGACCUGGAGAAUGGUAGAUUCCAGUUUUCUGUGCACGAGGAGAGCGUCCCCUGCAAACACGACGAUGUGAUCUUCCGGCCCGACUCUUCGUUCCGGGUCAGCACAGACUCUGAUGUGAGCCGCAUUUCCCUGAGGUCUGUCUCCAUCAUGGAGAAGAAGUUCUCCCGGGAGGAGGAGUUUGCCCGCUACCUGCAGUCCGGCUCGGGGAAGCUGCAGUUCCAUGGCAGCGGCACAGUGGAGGUGACGAACAGCAGAUGCAGCGAGAGCUCAGGGUGCGACUGCGGGAACACUGCGAACCACGAGCGGAUCUGCGCUGCUCUGCACCAGCACUCCCAGUGUCCCGAUCUAGAAUGCUGGAGCCCCCUGACUCCUAUUGGACACUGCUGUGGAAUAUGUGGUGCCGUCGUCUCCCUGGAGUAUUCCCCGGAUUUCAAUGUGGAGUCCUACAGGAACCGGCUGCUUCAUUUGUUUCUGAGCCUGCCGUCGUACAGAGGGGUGCGCAUGGCCAUGUCCAAGGUAUCCAGGCCCCAGUCCUUCUCAUGGCUCGUCCCCCGGGAGGCUGACUCAGAGAUCCAGGUGGUGCUGCAGGAGGAGGGGAGCGGCUCGAAGGCUGAAGCUCUAGCCUGGGAGAUCAUGAAGGACAUUCACUCCCAAGGCAGCAGCUUGGGGAUUGUGAAGGGGGAGGUCCAGACUUCCACGGGCAGCCACGCCAGUGGGCAGGGGGGCUCUGUGGAUGGCGGGAUGAUUGCGGGCGCGGUGAUCGGGGUCCUGCUGGCCCUGGUGGGGCUGGGGUCCCUGGUGGUCCUCUUCACUCGAGGGAUGAUCAGGGUCCCCAACCUGAGUUCCCUUCAGUUUGUGAAGAAGGACAGUGACCUCGAUAACCUGGGAGACUCAAUCGACAAGGGCUUCGAUAACCCCAUGUUUGACACGUCCCCCCACCUGCCCGCUGAUCUCCACGGACUGUACUCUGGGUCCGAAGCUCUGAAGGGCAUCUCUAUCACUAACUCUGGCGUCCACUUUGUUAACCCAGCCUACGAUGAAACCGACUUCACUGCCUAAACCAGCCUGCUACCCACCCCCCCUCAACACUCUGUCUUCUAGCUGUACAGCUCUGAUUGCAAUGACCCCUUAUCAAAGUGGUAACCGCUGUGCUAUUACAUUCUGAUCCUCACCCUUCUAGAUCGAAAUGCAGCUUCCCAUUUUAAUUGAGCGCCUUAAGAAUCAUGUAGGAGUGUCAGGCUGUGCCCUAUCUUAGUUUUAAAUCCUGUCUUCUGAAUAGGUUACAAUGUGUUCAAAUUGAGGACUCCUCCUCCUCCUCCUUCUUCUCCAGUUCCACGGACGUGGCGUCCCGCAGGGCUCUGUUCCUGGACCAGUCUUGUUUUACCUCUAUGUGCUCCCCCUGAGCGGUGAUGUCUGACACGGGAAACUUUCACUGCGAUGCUGAUGACGCACCACUGUAUCUAUCUCUGAAGCCAGGUGACUCCACAUCUGCAAACACCUUCACUAGCUGUCUCACUGAUUUUAAGAAAUGGAUGGCAACACAUUUUCUACUGUUAAAUUCUGAUAAAGCAGAAGUCAUAAUGGUGGGGUUAAGAAAUCAACGAGAGAGGGUAAAUCAAUGUGCCUGUACAGUGGACAGCUACCCCACUGAGUCUUAAAGAUAGAAAUCAGAAAUGUGGCUGAAGACAUAUUCUUCUAGUCUGUCCCAUACAUGAUGACUGCUGUUGCCCUUUUCCUGUGUGUUUUAUUUGAUCAUACGUCUGUAUUUUACUGCAUUUACUCGUGUGCUGCUCUGCUUCCAAUGCAUACAGCUCUGUACGUUUGCAUGUUUUCCAUGUGAAGCGCUCUGUGGGAAUUUGUUGCAAAGGGCGCUAUACUAAAACAUUUGCUUGAUUGUUUCUAAGAAAGAACUACAGAAUAAAAACUCUACUAGUGCAGAAUGAAA